UGACACUUUUUGUUCCGGUACAUGUUUGUAUACAAUCGCGGUUGACAUUUCCCGUGCGCGACUUUUACUUCAGUAGGCCUCAGUAGAAUGUUCGUUGGGGAACUAAAUUUUUGGACCUUCGACAAUGACGUUGAGAUCAAGGAUACGGAUUUCGGUGCCUUCAGUUAUCAUGAUAAAAAAAUUGACAGUGUAUAUGAGGAAGGUAAAAGAUCUUAUGCUCAGAAACGAGGGAUGGUCUAUGUUCCACAGAAUAAAAAAGGAAAUAAACUCAAAGAUUCUAUUAAGUACUUGGAGGAACAACUAAGCGAUUAUUCAACAAUACAUUGUCAGUGGGUUGAUUAUUGUGCAAUACAGAUUAUGCUUAGCUCUGGUUUACUGAUUUAUAUACAAGUAAAUCUUUGUUCGGGAGAUAUUAAAAAAAUUAUAUUUGACAAGUUUUUAGUUGGUAAAUUGUCUGAUCGUUUAUCCGAUGUAAUCAUCACAAAAAAUUAUUUAGUUUGUACAUACAAUGAUACUCAAGUCACAUUGGUAAACUUUAUGAAAACGAAAAAAAGUAUUUUUGAUAAGAUUAGUAGAUUAGAUCCAAAACUGUCGACUUUUGAUAUUUCUGGACCUAGUGGAAAAAGACUGGAAAAAAAAAUUCAACAUAAUCGCACAGAAGACUUGAUCUUAAUUUGGUGGAAAUGUACUAUAAACGAAGUUUAUCCGUGGAGCCCAACAGUUAAGGAACACGAUCGUGCCAAUGUUCAUCUAUACAGGAUUAUAGGAACAAAAUUAGAACUACUGUGCUACCUGAAAACGGAAUUCGAUCCGUUGUGCAUAAUAUUCAACUCUAAUUAUGAUAACGUUAUUCACUCGCUAGAACAAAAAGUAUCGCGAAAAGGCGAGGUCACAGUCGAAUGGAGGACUUACGAAGUUUCGCAGAAUGACAAACUCCACAGGAUAGCGAUCCUAUCCGUACCAUUGCCAACUCACACGAGCUGUGUCAAAUUUUCGCCCAAUCAAGACAUGCUUCUGUUGUGUUGCAUUGAUGGAUCCAUAACACUUCACGAUCAAAUCAAGGGCACCAAUAAUAGUAUAAAAGCAUCUUUUAUACCCACUCUGGCAUGUUGGCAUGGCGAUGGACACGUCUUUUCCGUAGGCAAUGAAAGAGGACAAGUGCAAUAUUUUGAUUUAGCUUUAACAUGUAUUAAGAGUCAAGUGUUGAAUGAAGACAUAGCGCCUAAUAAUAUUAUCGAUCUAUCGUCUUAUUUUCGAGCCCAACCCGCUUUAAUGAAGAUAGAAUGGAGCCGAAAGAAUGCCAUCAAUACUUUUAUCGAUUACUACAAUCACGGUGACUCGCUCUUUUUGAUAUUUUUCGAGAGAGGGCCCAUUGCAAUAUUCAAAAUAAUCGAGGGCGAAAAUUUUGCGGGGGACGUUCUAGUACAAAGGUAUUUAGCACUGUCUCAAGUCGAGCAGGCAACUUCUCUUCUUCUAGCAAUGAAUUGGGACACGAAUCCGCACGCUUGUAUGCACACUUUGAAUCAAAUUGUCAAUUAUCUUUUCAAACUACCCCUGACUCCGGAACGCGAAACUUACAUCCAAAAUGCAUUGGGAAGUUUUCACGUACCAGUCAAGCCAUUGACUCAACUAGUCGUUGAAGAAUAUGGCGAAGAAGUUCGAGAUCUGACCAGAAGGUUUUUUCAUCACCUCCUGAGACAUAGACUGUUCGAGAAGGCGUUCCGAUUGGCCAUCGAUCUAAACGAUCACGAUCUUUUUAUGGACAUUCACUUCUACGCGAUUGUCUUGAAAGACACCGAAAUGGCUACAGCCGCAAAAGACAAGGCCGAAGAAAUCAUAAGCCAAUGCAACAGUACCAGCAGUUCUCACUCGACGUGUUCGCGAGACUCGUGCUCCUUGUGCUCGGACUCUGUGAGCGACAAGGACGACUCUUAUACGGAGGACACGGAAAGCGAGGAGUUUCCGAAAAAAGAAAAAACGCGUCCCAAGCGCCCGCCCAAGCACAAGUACUCGAAAAAUUCCAAUAGCCAAGCUCCUCCUCUUCCUAUUCUUUAUCCACCGAUUUAUAGCAGCAGCGGCUUCAUGAGCACGCCCUUUAACGAACUCGCAGAUAAAACUGAGCCCAAUUUCGCGUCCACGUCCUUCAACCUUCCAAAUUACACUGUUCCCCCGACCUCCUACAGCUCAAUGUCUAAUUUCGUUCCCAACUCGUUGGUAACGUCGAUGCCUUACGUGAACCCCGUGCCUUUUACUCCGAUGAUGAAUCCGAAUUUCGGUCAACCGAUGAAAAAUUUCGAAAAUUUAGUGUCGCCUCUUCGAAAUCUCUCUUUGGCUAAUCAGUUAACGCCAAGUGUGGCACAAACAUCGUUGAAUAGCAUGUCGUUGGAAAAUAUUACAAAUUCAUACCAGAUGAGCCAUUUUUUGUCCAGUACGUUUCCCAAACCACUGUUUGAACCUAUCGAGGUUCCACCGAGUUUGGCACCCACUUCUGUGAACAACUCGAGCGGUAACGUGAUGUCGACGUCCUUCAAUGAUCGUUUGAGUGUAGAUGUCAGCUCACAAAACACGACCUACGUCGGUGCUGAUUAUGACAGUUGCGAGAAAAAGGCAACUGGAUUAACGGUGCUGAAAAACGUGACCAUGAGCUCACAUCCGAUGCAGUCGAGUACAGACGGUGCACCGACGCACAACGAUUCGUCCUCACUUUCGAUAUUUGAUUCCGGCAAUAAUCUCAUGUCCACGUCCUUUAACGAUCCAGAGGAUCCCAAUGAAGACACCAAUUCAAAUUCUUGCGACAGCAGUACUAACAGCAACACGUCCAAGCAAAAACUUUCGGCCAUUAAUAUACCACCACCGCCGCCACCUUUGAUAACGGAUUCUUUAGCUAAUUAUAUUCAUAGUUUGCCAAAGAAAAAUUUCAUGCUGUCCAGAAGCACUCCCGGAUUAUCGGACAUGGACAACAGUCCCGUUUUAAAACUUCAACAUGUCAAACCACUGCACACCACUUCUCCCAGUUUGUUACAACAACAAAAUUCUGUUUCAAAUAUAUUGAAAAAUCAUCAGGGGAACAAUAAUUUUCAAUCUACUUGUAAAUACAGAUUGGAUUACGAUCUCGAUUACAUUCCUUUCAGUAGCAGUUGUGAUAAUUUGAUUAGCUCUCAUUCCUCUACUAAUCACAAUAAAUCAAGUAGUUACAAUAUACCAUCAAAGACUUUAGAUGAUAAACCUUUCAAAUUAGGAUUUUCAUCAAGUGGUACAAAUAUUAAUACUAGUAGAGAACAUAGACUGUCUUCCAAUAUACCACCGUUACCCGUCAUUUGUACAUCCUCUGUAGCUGAAAAAACCUCAUCCUUGUCUUUUACGUCUACAGAUGUAGCAUCUACAAUCGCAGAAAAACCAAAAGUAAAAUUUUCGGAUACUGUAACGCACAUUUUGGUGCCCAACACAAAUCAAAUAUACCGUCCAAUCCAGAAAAGAGCUCAAACGUAUCCUACAGACACAAAACCAGAAUCAGAAAGUUCAUCACUUGGUUUGAGUAGUGAAAAUUACCAUAAAGAUUUACCAUCCACUUCCAAUAUCGAUAUCAUAAAACAUACUUUGAAAACAGAAGAUACUGCCAAAAUCAAAGUCGUACACUUUGGUCCUUUAUAGUAUUUAAAUAAAUCAAACAGAGUUAUUGUUAUAUAAUAAGAAAGUAUUAUUGUAAGACUUUCCUCAUAUUUUUAUAC